AUGGGCGGUGGCUUGAAUCACCAAACUGGCAUAUCAACUAACACCUUGGAAUGCAAACGUGGAAAACCAUCAUUUGCCCUCAAUGACAGUAGCACUAGCAUUAAUGCUAAUCUCAACAAUGUUGAUAUCCAAUUGGCUGAAAUUGCCACUAAUCGCCCGAAAUUGGAAUCGAUAUGGCUGGCAGUUGCUACUUUCAUGGAACUACCAGUUUCAUCUCAACUCUCAAUUCGGAGUGCCCUCUUCGGAACAAUGUUGAUCACCAAAAAGGACAAAACGAUAAAGUUCCACUUCCGAGCUAUUGGUCAGGUUUUUGCGGAAUGGGCUUUAGCUCCUUUUCUAGCAUGUGUGGCUGCUCUUUGCUUUUUCGGGGUCUUGAAGAUCACCAUUCUUCGUUCAGAAAACGCGGAAAAAAAGAUAAUUGUGGCACUACCAUUCGUCUACGGGCUGUCAACUGGAUUGUUAUGCCUCUUUGUUUUGUACCAGGUUUUACCAGACAUCAUAUUGAUUAAGCAAUGGCAAGCUGUAGUUGCUGUAUUAGUGGCAGCCUCUAUUGCUGCAAUUUUAUCCUUGUUCGCAGUUGUCAGCCCUAGUAGAAGAAAAAUCAAAAUUUCCAACAAAAUGAUUAAGAAAGCAGAUUUACCUAAGAAAGGAAUGACAUCAACAAGAAAUGAUGAACACCAAGAUCAAUUUGAGAAUGCUUUGAAGGAAUACAGGGAAAUGAGAGUUUUGCACACAGUUUAUGAAGGAGAAGAAGAGGAGAAAAGUAAUGAUGGUGGCUUAUCCCCUCCGACAAUGAGUUCAGAUUCCGGCAAACCGCUUAAACAAUUAUUAGCUUCAACUCCAAACAAGCUACUUCGAUGUGAUGAUCCUGAAGAUAUUCAUAAUUUAUCGAAAACUCAGACUUGCUCGAAUUCCUUGGCGAAUUUCAAGAGCCGCAUCUUCUCUAUACAAGGAGCUGAAUAUGAUCAGAAUACACUUGUUCGACAUGCUUUAGCAGAGAAGUUUGAUGAGAAGAUGGAAGAUCUUUUCAGUUUUCCACAGGUUCUAGCUGCUUGCAUCUUUGCGCUCGCUCAAUCUGCCAAUGAGAUUGCAACAGUUAUGGCUCCUUUUGGCGCAAUUCUUGCUAUAUAUGGGCACAAAGCUGAGUUUUUAGGAAAUGUAGAAAUGGGGGAUGUGACGAUUGCGCUAUGGAUUCGAUUAUUGGGCGGAGUUGGUGCCGCACUGGGAUUCUUCCUGUGUGGCUUGAAGCUUUCGCGUUGCUUGGGCUCAAAGUUGACAUAUCUUAGCAAUACGAGAGGCUUCAGUGCACAGAUAUGUGCAGUUAUUAUAAUAAUCGUUAUGACACAGUGCAAUCUUCCUCUUUCAAGUACCCAUGCUCUUGUUGGAUCCAUCUUAGGAGUUGGGAUAGCAGACAACUAUAAGAAUGUGAAUUGGAAGCUAUUGCUAAGAUUCAUAGGAGGGUGGAUUGGCACUCUCUUCAUUUGUUGUGGGCUUGCUUCUGCAAUCUUCGCAUUUACCAUAUAUUCACCAGCUUAUGUAGUUCCUUGA